AUGAUUACAGAGAAGGAUAAACUAAUCACUUCAUAUUUAUCUUUUCGUGGAUUAUAAAAACAACACAUUGAUUCAUUUAAUUACUUUAUAGAAUAGAGAUUAGAAUAGAUAGUGAAAUCUCCUUUGAAUUAGAGAAUUACUUGUGAAAGUGAUUCAUCUUUCCUUUUGGAGUAAUAAAAGCUCAUCAUAAGCAUCUAGAUAUUUAUCAAUAAGAGUAGAAAAUCCAACAUUCACCAGCAGUUGGGAUAAAUACUCUUUGAAAAGUCUCUUAUAUCCUCAUGAAUGUAGAUUAAAUGAUUAGACAUAUGCAGGAAAUAUAUAGUAAGAAAUAUUCAAAUUUAAAUAGUGUGAAUGUACGUAUUCAUAUGAAGGGUAGAGAGCCAAUUGAAGAAAAAGACAUACUAAUUGGAAGAAUGCCAAUAAUGUUGGGAUCUAAAAAAUGUAAUUUAUCAGGCAAGACAGAAGCAGAGAUAUUUUAAUAUGGAGAAUGUCCAUAUGAUCCAAAAGGUAAGAAUAUUAUUAUUAAGAUUUUUAGGAUAUUUUAUUAUUGAAGGCAAUGAAAAAGUUAUACUAAUAUUAGAAUAGAUUGUUGAUAAUAGAAUUAUUGUUGAUAUUGAUAAUAAGACUGAUUAAUAUGUGUCUACAGUUUAAUCUUAUCAAUUAGAAACUAAAUCAAAAGCAUCAAUAAUUUUAAAAAAGAAUAAAUUUUAUGUGAAAUCUUCAAGUUUUAAAGAUGCUCCUCUUUUUAUUGUAUUUAAAGCAUUAGGUAUUGUUAAUGAUAAAGAGAUUAUUGAAUUAAUUGGAACUGAACCAAGUAUAGUAGAGAAAUUAUUAAUGAGUUUUUAGGAUACAUCAGAUGAAAAAGUUAAAACAUAAUAAGAUGCAUUAUAAUAUAUUGGAAAAUUAAUUACUAGUAAAUUUGGUGGUCAAUCAUCUAAUUAAGCAGAAUAAGCAAGAGAAAAAUUAGCAUAAGUCUUUUUGGCACAUGUCAAUUGCAAAAAAUAUGAUUUCUAUCCUAAAGCUAUAUAUUUAGGAUAAAUGGUUAGAAGAUUAAUAUUAGCAAUGGAAGAUAAAAGAUUUGUUGAUGAUAAAGAUUAUUAUGGAAAUAAAAGAAUGAGAUGUGCAGGAAAUCUUCUUGAAUUAUUAUUUGAAGAUUUAUUUAAAGGAUUAAAUUCAACUAUAUCUAGUAUACUCAAAAAGGAAUUAGGUAAAGCUAAUUGUAAAUUCACUCCUAAAGAUGUUACUAUGAAAAUGAAAGAAUUUGGAGUAGAUAUCACUAAAGGAUUAAAUAGAGCAAUUAAAACAGGUAAAUGGACUAUUUAAAGAUUUCAUAUGGAUAGAUAAGGAGUUACAUAAUUAUUAGCUAGAAUAUCAUAUACAUCUGCUCUUGGUAUGUUAACUAAAAUGAGAAGUCAAGUAUAAAAAACACUUAAAGUAAGUGGACCAAGAGCUUUAGUUGGAUCUUAAUUUGGAAUGAUUUGUCCUGCAGAUACUCCUGAUGGUGAAGAUUGUGGUUUAGUUAAGACUUUAGCAUUAUUAACACAUAUAACUUAAGAAGAUAUAUAAGAUAGUGUUUAUAAAAUUAUAUUAACUAUGGGAGUAGAAGAUAUAUGUCAUUUUAAACCAAGUGAAUUUCAUAAGAAUUAUAUUGUUUAUUUAAAUGGUAUUAUAGUGGGAAUGCAUGCUAGACCUUAAACUUUUGUUGAUUAAUUAAGAAUAUUAAGAAGGAGAGGUAAGAUUAAUGAAUUUGUUUCAAUACAUAAAGAUGAUNAAUCUUAUCAAUUAGAAACUAAAUCAAAAGCAUCAAUAAUUUUAAAAAAGAAUAAAUUUUAUGUGAAAUCUUCAAGUUUUAAAGAUGCUCCUCUUUUUAUUGUAUUUAAAGCAUUAGGUAUUGUUAAUGAUAAAGAGAUUAUUGAAUUAAUUGGAACUGAACCAAGUAUAGUAGAGAAAUUAUUAAUGAGUUUUUAGGAUACAUCAGAUGAAAAAGUUAAAACAUAAUAAGAUGCAUUAUAAUAUAUUGGAAAAUUAAUUACUAGUAAAUUUGGUGGUCAAUCAUCUAAUUAAGCAGAAUAAGCAAGAGAGAAAUUAGCAUAAGUCUUUUUAGCACAUGUCAAUUGCAAAAAAUAUGAUUUCUAUCCUAAAGCUAUAUAUUUAGGAUAAAUGGUUAGAAGAUUAAUAUUAGCAAUGGAAGAUAAAAGAUUUGUUGAUGAUAAAGAUUAUUAUGGAAAUAAAAGAAUGAGAUGUGCAGGAAAUCUUCUUGAAUUAUUAUUUGAAGAUUUAUUUAAAGGAUUAAAUUCAACUAUAUCUAGUAUACUCAAAAAGGAAUUAGGUAAAGCUAAUUGUAAAUUCACUCCUAAAGAUGUUACUAUGAAAAUGAAAGAAUUUGGAGUAGAUAUCACUAAAGGAUUAAAUAGAGCAAUUAAAACAGGUAAAUGGACUAUUUAAAGAUUUCAUAUGGAUAGAUAAGGAGUUACAUAAUUAUUAGCUAGAAUAUCAUAUACAUCUGCUCUUGGUAUGUUAACUAAAAUGAGAAGUUAAGUCUAAAAGACACUUAAAGUUAGUGGACCAAGAGCUUUAGUUGGAUCUUAAUUUGGAAUGAUUUGUCCUGCAGAUACUCCUGAUGGUGAAGAUUGUGGUUUAGUUAAGACUUUAGCAUUAUUAACACAUAUAACUUAAGAAGAUAUAUAAGAUAGUGUUUAUAAAAUUAUAUUAACUAUGGGAGUAGAAGAUAUAUGUCAUUUUAAACCAAGUGAAUUUCAUAAAAAUUAUAUUGUUUAUUUAAAUGGUAUUAUAGUGGGAAUGCAUGCUAGACCUUAGAAAUUUGUUGAUUAAUUAAGAAUAUUAAGAAGGAGAGGUAAGAUAAAUGAAUUUGUUUCAAUACAUAAAGAUGAUUUAAGGAAAGUUGUAAAUAUAUCUGGUGAUAGUGGUAGAUUAGUUAGACCAUUGAUUCUUGUAAAAGAUGGUAAACCUUAAUUAACUUAAAUUGACAUGAUUGAUUUCAAGUAGAAUGAUGCAAAAACAGUAUUUUCUAAUUAUGUAAAAAAUGGGAAGAUAGAAUAUUUAGAUGUUAAUGAAUCUGAUAAUGCAUUUAUUGCAUUAACUAUAAAUGAUGUUACAAUUGAAACUACUCAUUUAGAAAUAGAUUAAAUGACAAUUCUAAGUUGUGUAACUGGUUUAGUUCCAUUUCCACAUCACAAUUAAAGUGCACGUAAUACAUUUUAAUGUCAAAUGGGUAAAUAAUCUUUAGGUAUUAUUGGAAUGAAUACAUAAAUAAGAAGUGAUACUUAAUUAUAUCAAUUAAUAUAUCCACAAACACCUUUAGUUCGAACUGUUUCUAUGGAAGCUGUCAAUCAACAUAGAUUACCUGCUGGACAUAAUGCAUAAGUAGCAGUAAUGAGUUAUUCAUGUUAUGAUAUUGAAGAUGCAUUAAUAAUGAACAAAUCUUCUUUAGAUAGAGGAUUUGGUAGAACUGCAGUCUAUAAAAAAUCAGUUACUGAGUGUGAAAUCAAUUAAAGAAAUAAGGAAAGUAGAUUUAAUGAAAGAAUUGAUGAACCACCAACUAAAACACAUAAUACAAAAAAGAAAUUUAUUAAGAAAUAUCAUGCUCUUGAUAAUGAUGGUAUAACUAAAGUAGGUGCAUAAUUACAUCAUGGAGAUAUAUAUGUUAAUAAAAAGACACCUUAAGUUCCAGAUAAUCCUUUAAUUGAAAAUAUAUAAAUAGCAGAUACUCCAUCAGUAUUUAAAGAAAAGUGGCCAUAUACUGUAGAUAGAGUAUUAAUUAUUAAUAAUACUAAUGAUGGAACUGAGAAAAUCAAAACAGUUAAAACAAUCUUUAGAUAAAUAAGAAGACCUGAAUUUGGUGAUAAGUUUUCAAGUCGUCAUGGUCAAAAAGGUGUUGUUGGUCUUAUUGUUAAUUAAGAAGAUAUGCCUUUUAAUGAAAGAGGAUGGUGUCCUGAUUUAAUUAUGAAUCCUCAUGGUUAUCCAUCUAGAAUGACAAUUGCUAAAUUAAUGGAACUAUUAUGUGGUAAAUUGGGAGCUUUGGAAGGUAAAUUUAAAUAUGGUACUGCUUUUGGAGGAGAGAAUGUAUUAUAGGUAGGAGAAGAAUUAUUAAAAAGAGGAUUUCAUUAUUAAGGAAAAGAUUGUUUAAUAUCUGGAAUUACUGGAGAAUAUAUGGAAUGUUAUGUAUAUUAAGGACCUAUUUUCUAUUAAAGACUUAAGCAUAUGGUUAUUGAUAAAAUUCAUGCUAGAGCUAAAGGACCAAUGGAAAAACUUACUCGUUAACCUGUUGAAGGUAGAGCUAAAGAUGGUGGUUAACGUAUAGGAGAAAUGGAGAGAGAUUGUUUUUUAGCAUAUGGUGCUUCAAAUUUAUUAAUUGAAAGAUUAUUAAUAUCAAGUGAUCCAUUUAAUGUAUAUGUUUGUGAAAUAUGUGGAAUGUUUAAGAGUGAUUCUGUUUGUAGAGGUUGUAAUACAGAUAAAGUAUAUUAAAUUAGAUUGCCAUAUUGUUGUAAAUUAUUAUUUUAAGAACUUUUGGCAAUGAAUAUUAAACCAAAAUUAUAAUUAGUACCUUCUCAUGAGAGAUAAGAGUAUACAAUGAAUUGA